AAUGGAAAAUCACAACAACAUUAAUCAUAAACACGAUUUUGUUUAUUUGAUUUUCAAAUUUUUUACUAUUUUUGACUUGUUUAAUUAGAUAUUUUUCUCGUCACUAUUGAAUGACAUGUUCAUCUUAUCAUUAAGAACUAAUUUUUUAAAAUUUUCACAACAACAAGUUCGUUCUUUUCAUACCAAUCGUGAUACUGUUCCUGUUAUUAGUGUUCCAAAAUAUUUAGAAUCACAUGUUAAGCAACAUGAGAAAAAGAAGAGAAAAAUUUUGGAAAACAGAGCGAGCUAUUUGGCGAGCAGGGGAAAUAGAGCUCAGCCCAUUAUUACCUGUAAACAUUCAUCCAGAUUGAAUCACUACAAGAACCAAAGAUAUCCCAGUGAUAAACCGCUUCGUUUGGCAUGUGAAGGCUGGAAGGGUAAAUAUAAAGGCGAUUUGAUUACAAUUCAUCCUCAUGGUCCUGAUCCUCAUUUUGAAGAAACAGAUCGCUUCGGUCACACAUUCAAAGCAACGGGACUUAGUGACAAUAUAAUAGAGACGAUAAAUAGCUUAGGUUAUUUUAAACCUACUCAAUGUCAACUGAGAACAAUUCCAGAGAUUUUGAAAGGAGUGAAUGUUAUCUGUUCUGCUGAAACUGGUUCAGGGAAAACACUUUCAUAUCUGAGUCCAAUCAUGGAGAAAAUUGUUUCUGCCAAAAUUAAAGGAUUUUCCGGUGAUCGGCAACCUAUGGCUUUGAUUGUUCUUCCCACCAAAGAAUUAGUUCAUCAAAUUGGACUUGUAGCCCGACAAUUUGGUUCUUUGUUGGGAGUCGGAGUAGCACCAAUAGUCGGUGGUACACCGAUAGCUUUGUCUCAUUCUGGUUAUGAUAUCGUGGUGACAACUUUAGGACUGAUUGGUGAUCAUACUGAAAGAAAAAUUUAUUCUUUGAAUCAAGUUAGGACAUUGGUUAUUGACGAAGCCGAUACUUUAUUGGAUGAUACAUUUAGCUAUGGAAUUUACGAUCUCAUGAAUGAUUUAAAGUUCAAAUCGUCGGUAAAUCGAUUUGGAACUCAACUUUGCCUUGUAAGUGCGACUAUUCCUCAGAAUCUUGAGAGAACAAUCGGUGAUUUUAUAGAUUUUCAAUCGUUCUCACAAAUAGAAACGGAAAAUCUUCACCGUUUGAUGCCUCAUGUCAAGCACAUUUUCCAUCGGAUGCACAAGUACGAUCGUCCAAAUAGACUAUUAGAACUGAUCGAUUACAAGUUACGCCAAAAUCGUCGAAUGAUAAUUUUCCUUAGAAAAAGGUCUAGUUGUGAAUGGAUGUACCAUCAUCUAAUCGACAGUGGCCUUGAUGUAUCACAUCUCCAUAAAAAGAUGGAAGAAUCCGCAAGAAUCACAGAACUGGCCAAGUUCAAUGACGGAAAGUGUAACAUACUCGUUGCCACCGAUCUUGGUUCAAGAGGAAUCGAUUUUAAAAGAGUGACCGAUGUAAUCAACUACGAUUCCCCUCAUCAUGUGUCCGAUUAUAUUCACCGAUCAGGUAGAACGGGUCGAGUAGGUUGUGAUUCGCAAUGUACAGUAACAACUUUCGUUUGUUUCACUCCUGAUGUUGAUAUGUUGAUGAAAUUAGAAGAAUCAGUGAGAAAAAACACUCAUAUCGAAAAUGUCGAUGGUAAUAUAAGAAGUAUUCUAAAAAAGUUAUCACACGAAAAGUUAUCUAAAUAUCGAUAAUAUAAAACUUUUAAAAGAUAAAAUAAAGAUAAACUUUAUAUACAAAAUUCAUUGAGAAAAAUCUGUAAACACUUAUUAAAAUAAGAAAAUAAAUCAUCUCCUAUUUUUAUCUUCAA